AACCGUAGAUGGGGGAGAGAUUCAAGUCCAUAUUAGAAGAUCUCACUCACAAUUAAUACAAGGGGUAGAAGCACAUAGUCAUCACAAUUCAUUACUCUGCCCCUGAAAGACAAGCAAGAGAGAUGUGCCGAUCUGAACAAACGCCCAAAUGCCUUUUUUACGCUCCAUAUUUACUUUCGUUCAUAGGAGAACAGAAACGACGGUUAUCAAGAAGCUGGCAGCAAAACGCAGGCCACCAUCACCCCAAGUUCCGAGGAGAAAGCUCAUUUAAUCGAAUCGAGUCAACACUCGUCGUCAAAAGCGGAAGAAACCCUUGCGCAAAAUGCCUAAUUCGUCGUACAGGAGCCAUCUCGCCCUUCUCUCCCAUACAUCCGUCCACUCAUCCACUCAUCCCGUCCAUCACAUUUCAUUUUCUAUCCAUGCAAUCAAGAAAGAUGACUUGCAUAUUCGUCCGGCAGCGUCUGAACAGGUCUGUAGUCCGACUCGACGUCGAGGCCCGAGGGAUCCAGGACAAGACCCACAACCGCCGUCGCAGAACCUCCACUCCCGGACCGUUCAUGAGAAGUCGUACUACUAUUGGAGUUCUGGAGAAGGCACCGUCAAUGAGUCACCCUCCCCAUAAAGGUAACGCAGGCAAGAAUAAAAGAAAAAUGCUUUGUGUGAUGACGAGGAGGGGAGCAAACUUCGACUUCGAGGGAAGAGAGGUAUACGCGAGUUGAAACUUCUAGUCGGAACAAAAACUCCAGAAAAUCAAGCAGAAGA